GUUCUAGUGGCACGGUGCCAGACAUUGGUACAAUGCAAAUGAUGUGAUGAGAAAGGAGGGUAGAUUUUACAUAUAUAAAAGCAAGAGAAUUCUCAUCUCUAGUUGAGGAGUAAAAUAAGAGAGAGAUUUGAUGGGUUCUAAAAGCGACCUGCUUGUUUGCACAGCUUUAGAAUGUGAAAGUGGAGAAGAAAUGUUGAGUGCGAUGGAGUUAGCCAAGAAAGAAGGAGCAGAUAUUGUGGAACUCUGCGUUGCUUCCAUGUCUUUCUCCCACAUUUCGGAGCUUGAACGCCUCUUCACCCUCAGAACCUUACCCUCCAUUCUCUCUUUCGGGCCCGAUGACCUUAAACAGCCAUGCACAAGAUGCUCUGAGAGUACACGGUUAGAAAUUCUAAGACGGGCCGUUGAAUUAGACAUCGAAUUUGUCGAAAUUUACCAUCAGGUGUGUACUAAGGAGUUGAUUAAUGAGCUCAAGAGACAAAGAUCAAAGACGAGGAUUAUAGUAUCAAAUCAUGUAAAUAAAGGAGGUUUUACCAGAGAAAAACUCGCUGACUUGAUCAUUGGCAUGCAAUCUACGGAUGCAGAUAUCAUUAAACUUGUGAUCAAUGUCGAGUCUAUUACAGAUGUAGCGCCUCUCUUCCACAUGCUCACACAUUGUCAGGUACCACUUAUUGCUAGAGCAAUGGGAGAAAGAGGUCUGAUCAGCCAACUCUUGGGGCCAAAAUAUGGUGCUUCCAUGAUAUUUGGAUCUUUAGGGGGCAAAUUUGUACCUGGCUUGCCACCUCUAGUUAGCAUCAAACAUGUAUAUAAGUUAGAAAAUAUGAAUGCAGACACGAAAAUCUUCGGUGUUGUCUCGAAUCCCGUAGGCCAUAGUAAAGGCCCUCUUCUGCAUAAUCCUGCAUUCAGACAGACAGGGUAUAAUGGGAUUUACGUACCGCUUUUAGUCGAUGACAUAAAGGAAUUCUUCAGAGUCUACUCCUGCAAUGACUUUGCUGGUUUCAGUGUGGGAAUACCGCACAAAGAGACUGCCGUGAGUUGCUGUGAUGAAGUUCAUCCUCUUGCUCUGUCAAUAGGAGCAGUAAACACCAUUGUUCGGAGGCCUAUGGAUGGGAAGCUUGUCGGUUAUAAUACCGAUUGUGAGGCUUGUAUAACUGCUAUUGAAGAUGCAUUUAGAGAACGUUUUGUCCGAAAUGGAGAAGCAUUGCAUGUUUCACCAAUUGCUGGAAAAUUGUUUGUAUUGGUUGGAGCCGGUGGAGCUGGAAGAGCAAUAGCGUUUGGUGCUAGGAGCAGAGGGGCCAGAGUUGUUAUAUUCAACCGCAAUUUUGAAAGGGCUAAGGCUCUUGCAAUGGCAGUGUCCGGUGAAGCUCUGCCAUAUGAAAGCUUAAACGACUUCCGGGCUGAGAAAGGAAUGAUUCUUGCAAAUGCUUCUGCUGUGGGUAUGGAGCCAAAUACAGAUCAAACUCCUGUGUCCAAGGUUGCUUUAAAAUCAUAUGAACUGGUUUUUGAUGCGGUUUAUACGCCAAGAAACACCCGGCUAUUGCAAGAGGCUGCAGAGGUUGGAGCCACAGUUGUGAGCGGUGUAGAGAUGUUCAUCAGACAGGCUCUUGGCCAGUUUAAACUGUUCACGGGUGGAUUAGGUACUCAACUAGCUCUCAUUUCUCGUUUGCUCGUUUCCAAUUUAAAUCAUAUAGUGAUAUGCAUUACUUUUGCCAAAUGUGUUGGCAAUUUUUUCCCUCGUUCCAGCACCAGAAGAUUUCAUGCGCAAGAUUGUACUAGAGCAAUUUUGAUGCAGAUCUAUCGUAACAGCCGUCUAGAUAAACAUGCUCAGAAGAAGACUGUUUGGUGAGAUAUGAAAUGUAUAACCAUGCUACUGGAAUUUUCGGCAACAGGAUUUGGAUCCUUUAU